CCACGCUUUGUUGACGACGGCACCAGGCAACAAGACGCCACACCCCGUUCCCCUUCCCAAACCCUAGGCGACGCGACGACGACGACGUUCGAGGCGAGGGCGCUAACCCGGCGGAGGCAAUGCCGCCAGGAGGAGGAGGAGGAGGAGUAGGAGAAGGUGGAGAUGGAGGAGACCACGGGCACAAGGAACCGGCGUCCACCCACGGAGACGGAGACCAAGACCAGGAGGACCCAUCUCGUUCUUCUCUGUUGCCGCCGUCAUCGCUGCCGGGCCUCGCCGUUGUUCCCGUAGAGUCUGAGAAUAAGAAGAGGAAGCACGAGCAGGCCCAGGUGUUCAUCCCGGAGGGCGUCCUCAUGGAGAUCCUGUCGCGGGUGCCCUACCGGUCGCUAUGCCGCUUCAAGUGCGUGUCCAGACCAUGGCUCGCCCUCUGCUCCGACCACGGCGUCCGCAAGAGGUCGCCGCAGACGCUCUCGGGCUUCUUCCAUUUCAACCGCGGCUGGCGCUUCCACAACUAUUUGUCUGGGAAAGGCCCUCCCAUGGUCGACCCCGGCCUCCCUUUCUUGCGCGGCACAUACGGACACUUUGAGGUCGAACAAUGCAGCACCAGCCUUCUCCUCUGCAGAUGCUGGAAAGCGCCCCAUCCUAAGCUACUCGGAUGGAAUUCGUUUCCGAAAGGCAGGGCUGUUGAGCGCUUCAGAUGGGGGGCUGAGGCUGAUCAAUUCGAUUAUGUCGUCUGCAAUCCUGCUACUCAGCAGUGGGCUUUGUUGCCUCCUGUUCCUCCUGUAGAAUUGCACAACCAGAAGCAGGCAGAUGAUGACCUUUUCCGUGCCAUCACAGGCCAUUACUUUUUGGGUUCUGAUCCAGCCGUUCCUUCACGCUUUGUGGUGUUUGUGCCCGUAUUUGGCAUUGGCCUGCCGGUGACAUGGAUCUACUCAUCAGAAACCAGAGGAUGGACUUCCAUCCGGUGCCAGUUGGAUGCUUAUGUUAAUAAUCCACGGUGCUUCUUUCUGAAUGGCACCAUCCUUUAUUUUUGUAACUUUCUUUCAAUAGUCACAGUGAACAUGGAGGGAAAUGUGUGGCGGGAAAUGAAAUUGCCACCUGCCAUGACAAACAUAUAUCUUGGUCCUUCCUUUGGGCAGUCCCAAGGAUGCCUGUAUGCUUGGCGGACGGACGAUUGCCAGCUCUCUGUUUGGGCUCUUGAGAACUAUGAUACUGGACAGUGGACCCUAAGGUGUACUGUUGGCUGCCUUGAACUGUUUGGAAGGGAUUGUCGCAAAGAAAAUGAGGUCUACUGGAUGUUUGCAAUUCAUCCAGAUUGUGAUUUGAUUUUCCUUACUGACGGAAAGGAGAAGACAUUGUCAUACGAUAUGAAUAACAAAAAAGUGCAUGUUAUUUGCGCUUCUGGAGAUUUCCCGGUCUGAUUGCGUUGUGUAAACCAAGAUAGGUAUUUUAUGUUUACGGACGGCUUAGAGUGCACAAUGAUACCAAGCAGAAAACAGGGAGCACUUCUGACAUUCUUCACUUGCAUUAUCCUGGGGGAACGUUGGGCUUGUAAUGUCGAUCACGGUCUCGGAAAGUGGCAACAACUGGUUCUCGCUUAUGAUCUUAAGCCCCUUGGAGGGAGUGUACUAUUGGACAAAACUCAAAAGCAUAGAGGAAACAAGAGAUCAAGGUCAAGAUGGCCUUCUAUGAUGAUGACGGAAAUAUAUCCGAGGUUCUCGCGGGGGGGACCUGCAGGUUGAGCAGAUGAGGAAGGAGCUCAGGUUCAGGUAGAAGGCGAUGAUAUGUGUGAACAGGAUAUUCGAAACAUGACCAAUAGCUUGAUAUCUAGGUGGGCUGGAGCCUGGAGGCCGUUGGCAGUGAUCCAUGACAUAUUUUCAUCACCACAUGCGCAAAGGUGUGACAUGGACUAUCCAGGAGUCUGUCUCGGCAAGCCAUUGCCUGCAGCGUAAAUCAAUCGUCGUACCGUGGCCUUUGUCGCCCCACGUAGGCAGGCGGUACAAGGCGCUGUCGGAGUCGUCAUCAUCUGAUUACUUCUACACGCUUUUGAUUUGUGACGAUGAUCACGUCUCCUGGUUGAUUGUGCAUCUGAAUUCUGGGAGGCGUCAUGCCAUCUCCUUAUCAAUAUUACCACGCCUCCAGGCGGAAUUCAGGGGGUGAAA